UGGCCGGCCGUCUCGGUUCCGCUUCUGCCCGCGGCCCCGAGCCCCAUUCAUUGCCUCGCUGCUGAGAGGCGCCGCGUCGUCUCGAGCCGGCCCGGGGCCUUCCGAGGCUGCCCUGAGGGGCGGGAGGCCGCCAUGGCGACCCUGGAAAAGCUGAUGAAGGCCUUCGAGUCCCUCAAGUCCUUUCAGCAGCAGCAGCAGCAGCAGCAGCAGCAGCAGCAGCAGCAGCAGCAGCAGCAGCCGCCGCCGCCGUCGCCUCAGCCUCAGCCUCAGCCUCAGCCGCCCCCGCCGCCGCCGCCGCCGCCACCUCCCGGCCCGGCCGUGGCUGAGGAGCCGCUGCACCGACCAAAGAAAGAACUCUCAGCCACCAAGAAAGACCGUGUGAAUCAUUGUCUGACAAUAUGUGAAAACAUAGUGGCACAGUCUCUCAGAAAUUCUCCAGAAUUUCAGAAACUUCUGGGCAUCGCUAUGGAACUUUUUCUGCUGUGCAGUGAUGAUGCAGAGUCAGAUGUCAGGAUGGUGGCUGAUGAAUGCCUCAACAAAGUUAUAAAAGCUUUGAUGGAUUCUAAUCUUCCAAGAUUACAGUUAGAACUCUAUAAGGAGAUUAAAAAGAAUGGUGCCCCUCGAAGUUUGCGUGCUGCCCUGUGGAGGUUUGCUGAGCUGGCUCACCUGGUUCGCCCUCAGAAAUGCAGACCUUACCUGGUGAACCUUCUGCCAUGCCUGACUCGAACCAGCAAGAGACCCGAGGAGUCAGUCCAGGAGACUUUGGCUGCAGCUGUGCCCAAGAUUAUGGCGUCUUUUGGCAGUUUUGCAAAUGACAGUGAAAUUAAGGUUCUGCUAAAGGCUUUCAUAGCGAAUCUGAAGUCAAGCUCCCCUACCGUUCGGCGGACGGCAGCAGGAGCAGCAGUGAGCAUCUGCCAGCACUCCAGAAGGACGCAGUAUUUUUAUAGCUGGCUACUAAAUGUGCUCUUAGGUCUGCUGGUCCCUGUCGAGGAUGAACACUCCACCCUCCUGAUUCUUGGUGUGCUGCUCACUUUGAGAUAUUUGGUGCCCUUGCUGCAGCAGCAGGUCAAGGACAUGAGCCUGAAAGGCAGCUUCGGGGUGACACGGAAAGAAAUGGAAGUCUCUCCCUCUGCAGAGCAGCUUGUCCAGGUUUAUGACCUGACCUUGCGUCAUACACAGCACCAGGACCACAACGUCGUGACGGGAGCCCUUGAACUCCUGCAGCAGCUCUUCAGGACCCCCCCGCCUGAGCUCCUGCAAGCUCUGACCACGACAGGCGGGAUUGGGCAGCUGGCGGUGGCUAAAGAUGAGUCCAGUGGCCGCAGUCGUAGUGGGAGUAUUGUGGAACUCAUAGCUGGAGGGGGUUCCUCAUGCAGCCCUGUCCUUUCAAGGAAACAAAAAGGCAAAGUGCUCUUAGGAGAAGAAGAAGCCUUGGACGAUGACUCUGAAUCGAGGUCAGACGUCAGCAGCUCAGCCUUUGCAGCCUCAGUGAAAGGUGAGAUCAGUGGAGAGCUGGCUGCUUCUCCGGGAGUCUCCACUGCUGGGUCUGCAGAUCACGACAUCAUAACUGAGCAGCCACGGUCACAGCACACGUUGCAGGCAGACUCGGUGGAUCUGGCUGGCUGUGACUUGUCGAGUGCAGCUACCGACGGGGACGAGGAGGAUAUCUUGAGCCAUAGCUCUAGCCAAAUCAGCGCUGUCCCGUCUGACCCUGCCAUGGACCUGAACGAUGGGACCCAGGCCUCUUCGCCCAUCAGCGACAGCUCCCAGACCACCACUGAAGGGCCUGAUUCAGCUGUGACCCCUUCAGACAGUUCGGAAAUUGUGUUAGAUGGUGCUGACAGCCAGUACUCAGGCUCGCAGACUGGACAGACACAAGAUGAAGAUGAGGAGGUCGCAGGUCUUCCUCCCGAUGAAGCCUCGGAACCUUUUGAAAACUCUUUAGUUGCCCUUCAACAAGCACAUUUGUUGAAAAACAUGGGUCAUAGCAGGCAGCCUUCUGACAGCAGUAUAGAUAAAUUUGUAUCAAGAGAUGAAGCUGCUGAACCAGGUGAUCAAGAAAACAAGCCUUGCCGUAUCAGAGGAGACAUAGGGCAGUCCACUGAUGACGAUUCUGCACCUCUUGUCCAUUGUGUCCGCCUUUUAUCUGCUUCAUUUUUGCUAACUGGGGAAAAAAAUGCGCUGGUUCCAGACAGGGAUGUGAGGGUCAGUGUGAAGGCCCUGGCACUCAGCUGUGUUGGAGCAGCCGUGGCCCUUCAUCCGGAAUCUUUCUUCAGCAAACUGUACAAAGUACCUCUUGACAUCACAGAAUGCCCUGAGGAGCUUUAUGUCUCAGACAUCUUGAACUACACUGAUCACGGGGACCCACAGGUCAGAGGAGCCUCUGCCAUUCUCUGCGGGACCCUUGUCUCUUCCAUCCUCAGUAGGUCCCGCUUCCACGUGGGAGACUGGAUGGGCGCCGUGAGAACUCGGACAGGAAAUACAUUUUCUCUGGUGGACUGCAUUCCUUUGCUGCGGAAAACUUUGAAGGAUGAAUCUUCUGUUACUUGCAAGAUGGCUUGUACCGCUGUGCGGCACUGUGUCAUGAGCCUCUGCAGCAGCAGCUACAGUGAGUUAGGCCUGCAGCUGAUUGUCGAUGUGCUGGCUCUGAGGAAUAGUUCCUACUGGCUGGUGAGGACAGAACUUUUGGAAACUCUUGCAGAGAUUGACUUUAGGCUGGUGAGCUUUUUGGAGGCAAAAGCAGAAAACAUGCAUCGAGGGGCUCCUCAUCAUACAGGGCUUUUAAAACUGCAAGACCGGGUGCUCAACAAUGUCGUCAUCUAUUUGCUUGGGGAUGAAGACCCCAGGGUGCGACACGUUGCUGCUGCGUCCUUAAUGAGGCUUGUGCCAAAGCUGUUUUAUAAAUGUGACCAAGGACAGGCUGAUCCAGUAGUGGCUGUGGCAAGAGAUCAAAGCAGUGUUUACCUGAAACUUCUCAUGCAUGAGACGCAGCCUCCGUCUCACUUCUCUGUCAGCACAAUAACCAGAAUAUAUAGAGGCUAUAACUUACUCCCAAGCAUAACAGAUGUCACUAUGGAAAACAACCUUUCAAGAGUUGUUGCAGCAGUUUCUCAUGAACUAAUCACAUCAACCACGCGAGCACUCACAUUUGGAUGCUGUGAAGCUUUGUGUCUUCUUUCAACUGCCUUCCCAGUUUGCAUCUGGAGUUUAGGUUGGCAUUGUGGAGCUCCCCCACUGAGUGCCUCAGAUGAGUCUAGAAAGAGCUGUACUGUCGGGAUGGCCACAGUGAUUCUUACCCUACUCUCAUCAGCUUGGUUCCCAUUGGAUCUCUCAGCCCAUCAAGAUGCUCUGGUUUUGGCUGGAAACUUGCUUGCAGCCAGUGCCCCCAAAUCUCUGAGAAGUCCAUGGACCUCAGAGGAAGAAGCCAACCCUGCAGCUACCAAACAAGAGGAGGUCUGGCCAGCCCUGGGUGAGCGGACGCUGGUGCCCAUGGUGGAGCAGCUCUUCUCCCACCUGCUGAAGGUGAUUAACAUCUGCGCCCAUGUCUUGGACGAUGUGGCUCCUGGUCCAGCGAUAAAGGCAGCCUUGCCUUCUCUGACAAAUCCCCCUUCUCUAAGUCCCAUCCGACGAAAGGGAAAGGAGAAAGAACCAGGAGAACAAGCAUCAGUACCGUUGAGUCCCAAGAAAGGCAGCGAGGCCAGUGCAGCUUCUAGACAGUCUGAUACCUCAGGGCCUGUUACAACAAGUAAAUCCUCAUCUCUGGGGAGUUUCUAUCAUCUUCCUUCAUACCUCAAAUUGCAUGAUGUCCUGAAAGCUACUCACGCUAACUACAAGGUCACCUUGGAUCUUCAGAACAGCACUGAAAAGUUUGGUGGGUUUCUGCGCUCUGCCUUGGAUGUUCUCUCUCAGAUUCUAGAACUGGCAACACUGCAGGACAUCGGGAAGUGUGUUGAAGAAAUCCUAGGAUACCUGAAAUCUUGCUUUAGUCGAGAGCCAAUGAUGGCAACGGUUUGUGUACAACAGUUGUUGAAGACUCUCUUUGGAACAAACUUGGCCUCCCAGUUUGAUGGCUUAUCUUCCAACCCCAGCAAGUCUCAAGGACGAGCACAACGCCUUGGCUCAUCCAGCGUGAGGCCAGGCUUGUAUCACUACUGCUUCAUGGCUCCGUACACCCACUUCACCCAGGCCUUAGCGGAUGCCAGCCUGCGGAACAUGGUGCAGGCAGAGCAGGAGCACGACACCUCGGGAUGGUUUGAUGUACUCCAGAAAGUGUCUACACAAUUGAAGACAAACCUCACGAGCCUCACAAAGAACCGUGCAGAUAAGAAUGCUAUUCAUAAUCACAUUCGUUUAUUUGAGCCUCUUGUUAUAAAGGCUUUAAAACAGUACACGACGACAACAUCUGUGCAGUUACAGAAGCAGGUUCUAGAUUUGCUGGCGCAGCUGGUUCAGUUACGGGUUAAUUACUGUCUUCUGGAUUCAGAUCAGGUGUUUAUUGGGUUUGUGUUGAAACAGUUUGAAUACAUCGAAGUGGGCCAGUUCAGGGAAUCAGAGGCAAUUAUUCCAAGCAUCUUUUUCUUCCUGGUAUUACUGUCUUAUGAACGCUAUCAUUCAAAACAGAUCAUUGGAAUCCCUAAAAUCAUUCAGCUGUGUGAUGGCAUCAUGGCCAGUGGGAGGAAGGCUGUGACACAUGCCAUACCUGCUCUGCAGCCCAUAGUCCACGACCUCUUUGUGUUAAGAGGAGCAAAUAAGGCUGAUGCAGGAAAAGAGCUUGAAACCCAGAAGGAAGUGGUGGUGUCAAUGCUACUGAGACUCAUCCAGCACCAUCAGGUGUUGGAGAUGUUCAUUCUCGUCCUGCAGCAGUGCCACAAGGAGAACGAAGACAAGUGGAAACGGCUGUCUCGGCAGGUCGCUGAUAUCAUCCUCCCAAUGCUAGCCAAGCAACAGAUGCACAUUGACUCUCAUGAAGCCCUUGGAGUCUUAAAUACCUUAUUUGAGAUACUGGCCCCUUCCUCCCUCCGUCCAGUGGACAUGCUUUUACGGAGUAUGUUUGUCACUCCAAACACGAUGGCAUCUGUGAACACUGUUCAACUGUGGAUAUCAGGGAUCCUAGCCAUUUUGAGGGUUCUAAUUUCCCAGUCAACUGAAGAUAUUGUUCUUUCUCGUAUUCAGGAGCUCUCCUUCUCUCCAUAUUUAAUCUCCUGUCCAGUAAUUAAUAGAUUAAGAGAUGGGGACAGUAAUUCAACCCCAGAAGAACACAGUAAAGGGAGACAAAUGAAGAAUUUGCCAGAAGAAAUAUUUUCAAGGUUUCUGUUACAGCUCGUUGGUAUUCUUUUAGAGGACAUUGUUACAAAACAGCUAAAAGUAGAAAUGAGUGAACAGCAACAUACUUUCUAUUGCCAAGAACUAGGCACGCUGCUGAUGUGUCUGAUCCACAUCUUCAAGUCUGGAAUGUUCCGGAGAAUCACAGCAGCUGCCACUAAGCUCUUUACCAGCGAUGGCUGUGAGGGCAGCUUCUAUACCCUGGAGAGCUUGAACGCACAGGUGCGCUCUAUGGUCCCCACUCACCCAGCCCUGGUGCUCCUCUGGUGUCAGAUCCUGCUGCUCGUCAACCACACUGACUACCGCUGGUGGGCAGAGGUGCAGCAGACUCCCAGAAGACACAGUCUGUCCAGCACAAAGUUACUCAGUCCUCAGAUGCCUGGAGAGGAGGAGGAUUCUGACUUGGCAGCCAAACUUGGAAUGUGCAACAGAGAAAUAGUGCGCAGAGGGGCUCUCAUCCUCUUCUGCGAUUAUGUUUGUCAGAACCUCCAUGACUCGGAGCACUUAACGUGGCUCAUAGUGAACCACAUUCAAGAUCUGAUCUGUCUGUCCCACGAGCCCCCGGUGCAGGACUUCAUUAGUGCUGUUCAUCGGAAUUCUGCUGCUAGUGGCCUCUUCAUCCAGGCAAUUCAGUCUCGUUGUGAAAAUCUUUCCACACCCACCACUCUGAAGAAGACUCUCCAGUGCUUGGAAGGUAUCCACCUCAGCCAGUCAGGUGCUGUGCUCACGCUGUAUGUGGACAGGCUUCUGUGCACGCCCUUCCGUGUGCUGGCUCGCAUGGUGGACACCCUCGCCUGUCGCCGGGUAGAAAUGCUUUUGGCUGCAAAUUUACAGAGCAGCACGGCCCAGUUGCCAGUGGAAGAACUAAACAGAAUCCAGGAAUACCUUCAGAGCAGCGGGCUCGCUCAGAGACACCAAAGGCUCUAUUCCCUGCUGGACAGGUUUCGUCUCUCCGCUGUGCAAGACUCACUCAGCCCCUCCCCUCCGGUCACUUCCCACCCACUGGAUGGGGACGGGCACGUGUCCCUGGAAACAGUGAGUCCAGACAAAGACUGGUACAUUCGUGUUGUCAGAUCCCAGUGUUGGACCAGGUCAGAUUCUGCACUGCUGGAAGGUGCAGAGCUGGUGAAUCGGAUCCCUGCCGAAGACAUGAGUGCCUUCAUGAUGAACUCGGAGUUCAACCUAAGCUUAUUAGCUCCAUGCUUAAGCCUGGGCAUGAGUGAAAUUUCUGGUGGCCACAAGAGUCCUCUUUUUGAAGCAGCCCGUGGGGUGACUCUAGACCGUGUGAGCAGCGUUGUUCAACAGCUUCCUGCUGUCCACCAGGUCUUCCAACCCUUCCUGCCCACAGAGCCCACAGCCUACUGGAGCAAGCUGAAUGAUCUAUUUGGGGAUGCCACGUUUUAUCCGUCCCUGACCACUCUGGCCCGGGCCCUGGCGCAGUACCUGGUGGUGGUCUCCAAACUACCUGUCAGUUUGCACUUUCCUCCUGAGAAGGAGAGGGACAUGGUGAAGUUUGUGGUGAUGACCCUCGAGGCCCUGUCAUGGCAUUUGAUCCACGAGCAGGUCCCACUGAGCUUGGAUCUCCAGGCGGGGCUAGACUGCUGCUGCCUGGCCCUGCAGCUGCCCAGCCUCUGGAGUGUGGUCUCCUGUGCAGAGUUUGUGACCCACGCCUGCUCUCUCAUUCACUGCGUGCGGUUCGUGCUGGAGGCCAUUGCAGUGCAGCCUGGAGACCAGCUUCUUAGUCCAGAAAGAAGGACAAAUACUCGAAAGGCUGUCAGAGAGGACGAAAUUGGUUCAGACACACAGAGUCCUAAGUAUAUCAUCACGGCCUGCGAGAUGGUGGCAGAAAUGGUGGAGUCUCUGCAGUCGGUGUUGGCUUUGGGUCAUAAGAGGAACAGCAGUGUGCCAGCGUUCCUCACCCCUGUGCUCAAGAACAUUGUCAUCAGCCUGGCCCGCUUGCCCCUUGUCAACAGCUACACACGCGUGCCCCCUCUGGUCUGGAAACUCGGAUGGUCACCUAAACCGGGUGGUGAUUUUGGCACAGUGUUCCCCGAGAUCCCUGUGGAGUUCCUCCAGGAAAAGGAAGUCUUUAAGGAGUUCAUCUACCGCAUCAACACACUAGGGUGGACCAGUCGUACCCAGUUUGAAGAAACUUGGGCCACCCUCCUUGGUGUGCUGGUGACGCAGCCCCUCGUGAUGGAGCAGGAGGAGAGCCCACCGGAGGAAGACACGGAGAGGACCCAGAUCAACGUCCUGGCUGUGCAGGCCAUCACUUCCCUGGUGCUCAGUGCAAUGACUGUGCCCGUGGCCGGCAACCCAGCUGUGAGCUGCUUGGAGCAGCAGCCCCGGAACAAGCCCCUGAAAGCUCUAGAUACCAGGAUCGGGAGGAAGCUGAGCAUUAUCAGAGGGAUUGUGGAGCAGGAGAUCCAAGCAAUGGUUUCAAAGAGAGAGAAUAUCACCACCCAUCACUUAUACCAGGCGUGGGAUCCUGUGCCUUCUCUGUCUCCAGCUACUACAGGCGCCCUUAUCAGCCAUGAGAAGCUGCUGCUGCAGAUCAACCCCGAGCGCGAGCUGGGGAACAUGAGCUACAAGCUGGGCCAGGUGUCCAUACACUCUGUGUGGCUGGGAAACAGCAUCACACCUCUGCGACAGGAGGAGUGGGACGAGGAGGAGGAGGAGGAGGCCGAUGUUCCCGCAACUUCAUCAGCACCCACAUCUCCAGUCAACUCCAGGAAACACCGGGCUGGAGUCGACAUCCAUUCCUGUUCACAGUUUCUGCUUGAAUUGUACGCUCGCUGGGUCCUGCCGUCCAGUUCAGCCAGAAGGACCCCCGUCAUCCUCAUCAGCGAAGUGGUUCGAUCUCUUCUGGUGGUCUCAGAUUUGUUUACUGAGCGCAACCAGUUUGAGAUGAUGUACCUGACGCUGACAGAGCUGCGGAGGGUGCAUCCUUCAGAAGACGAGAUUCUUGUGCAGUACUUGGUGCCCGCCACCUGCAAGGCAGCCGCCGUCCUGGGAAUGGACAAAGCCGUGGCAGAGCCAGUCAGCCGCCUGCUGGAGAGCACACUCAGGAGCAGCCACCUGCCCAGCAGGAUCGGAGCCCUGCAUGGCAUCCUCUAUGUGCUGGAGUGUGACCUCCUGGACGACACUGCCAAGCAGCUUGUCCCCGUUGUCAGCGACUAUAUCCUCUCCAACCUCAAAGUGAUUGCCCACUGCGUGAACAUCCACAGCCAGCAGCACGUGCUGGUGAUGUGUGCCACUGCGUUCUACCUGAUCGAGAACUACCCUCUGGACGUGGGGCCAGAGUUCUCAGCAUCAGUAAUACAGAUGUGUGGGGUGAUGCUGUCCGGAAGUGAGGAGUCCACUCCCUCCAUCAUUUACCACUGCGCCCUCCGAGGCCUGGAGCGCCUCCUGCUCUCAGAGCAGCUCUCCCGGCUGGACACGGAAUCCCUGGUUAAGCUGAGCGUGGACAGAGUGAACGUACACAGCCCGCAUCGGGCCAUGGCGGCCCUGGGCCUGAUGCUCACCUGCAUGUACACAGGAAAGGAGAAAAUCAGUCCGGGUAGAGCCUCGGACCCUAACCCUGCAGCCCCAGACAGCGAGUCAGUGAUUGUUGCCAUGGAGCGGGUGUCUGUGCUUUUCGACAGGAUCAGGAAAGGGUUUCCCUGUGAAGCCAGGGUGGUGGCAAGGAUCCUGCCUCAGUUUUUAGAUGACUUCUUCCCACCCCAGGAUGUCAUGAACAAGGUCAUUGGGGAGUUUCUGUCCAACCAGCAGCCAUACCCCCAGUUCAUGGCCACUGUCGUGUAUAAGGUUUUCCAGACUCUGCACAGCACUGGGCAGUCAUCCAUGGUCCGGGACUGGGUCAUGCUCUCCCUCUCCAACUUCACGCAGAGGACCCCGGUCGCCAUGGCCACGUGGAGCCUCUCCUGCUUCUUUGUCAGCGCCUCCACCAGCCCGUGGGUUUCAGCCAUCCUUCCGCACGUCAUCAGCAGGAUGGGCAAGCUGGAGCAGGUGGACGUGAACCUUUUCUGCCUGGUCGCCACAGACUUUUACAGACACCAGAUAGAGGAGGAGCUCGACCGCAGGGCCUUCCAGUCUGUGUUUGAGGUGGUUGCGGUGCCAGGAAGCCCGUACCACCGGCUGCUGACUUGUUUGCGAAAUGUCCACAAGGUUACCACCUGCUGAGUGCCUGAGGUGGGAGAAGCCAGGAGGAAUUGGUGAUUGGGGCCGGAGCCUCCAGGAGCCUGCGCCAGGCCAGCUCGGUCACUGCAGGCUUCCGCUCACGUCACACAGGCAGCCCAGCAGUGUGUGGGUUUUUGCCACGUGGCAGAAGUGUUCCUGCAGCAAGCUGGUUGUGCAGGGGACAUAGGAGUGUUGCUGGGGGAAAGCUGAGCCCUUAGAGAGCAGGAGCCACGGUAUGGCUGGCCUUCACGCUGCAGCCAGGGGCAGCACCCACUGACAAGGCGUUUCUUUCUCCCAAUGUUCACCUCUUGGUUGUCGCCAGGUUGCAGCUGCCCUUGCGUCUGGGACAGAAGUCCUCACUCUUGCAGGCUGGCCAUUGGCUCCUCGGCUACCCCACAGGUAGAUCACGCCACCCACAGGCUUUGAGAGCACACCCCGUGUCUCCCAGUGGUGUGCUCCCCGCACUCUCUGUCUGCAUGCACAGACACUGCGGCGGGUGCCAGGCUGGAGGCUGGGAGUGCCAGACACACAGCGCCACCUCCCUUUCUCUGUUUUCUUCUCAGGAUUCAAAAUUUAAUUAUAUCAGUAAAGAGAUUAAUUUUAAUGUAA